UCUGGCCAAAAUACCAUUGAUAGCGGGUUUGCAGAAUCCCUUUUGGCCUUCACAUUGAUGAACGUCUUCAUGUAUGUAUAUUUUGUGGGAAAUCUGGUCUCUGGCACUACUCUGGCUACCUGCGCUUUGUAUUUGCUUUUCUCCGUACCGCCGGUCUACGUGUGCAUGCUCCGCAAUUAUCAUCUUAUGGAAACACGAAUGAAAGUCAAACAAUUAAUUGUACGACUGAAAGCUGCCUGCGAUUUGGCACAGAAGAAGCUUGAACAAUAUAAGAUGGAAAAGCAGAACAUAGGGGAAGCUCACAACGAAAAUUUGGAGCCACAGGGCAGCGAGAGUUCCACAGAGCCAAACAACAAUCAAGAGGAGGCCUUUGAAUGGAGCGAUACCGUAGACUCCAUUGAGCUGAACGAUACAGAAGAGACGAUUGCGCUGAACGAUACCGCAGUGUACCUUGGGCCGAACAACACCUUUCAGCUGAACGAUACCCUAGAGACGAUUGUGCUAGACGAUACCGUAGGACCCUCGGAGCCCAAUAAGACCUUUAAUCUGAACGAUCUCGAACACCAAGAGUCCGUUGAGCUGCACGAUAGCCUAGAAUCCUAUCAGUCGACGAAAAUCGAGGAAUCGUUUGGACUGAACGAUACCCAAGAGUCCAUUGAGCCUAACAACUCACAAGAUUCUUCUGGGCUGAACGAUACCCAAGAUAACUCUGGGCUGAACAUGACAGAAGAGGCCUUUGUGUCGAUGAUCGCGCAAGAGCCGUUUGAAGAGUCCUUUGAGCCGAAGAACACACAAGUUCUGUUUGCUGAGACCGCUCAGAAGGACGUGAAAGGAGAAACCAAUCAAUAAUUUGACAUAAUUGUUCUAGGGAAGAACAAAUACUUAGGCUCGGGGGGGCACAACACAACAAUUCAUUGAACACUUUUUAACAAUAUAAAUUAAUCAAUAUUUCUGUUACAAAUAAUUAA